AAGGGCUGGGAAGUCUACACUCAACAAUGGCAUGCCAGUGCUCUCAUCCCGCUAAGGAGCUUUCAGAGAAUGAUGCUCUCGUCAAAUCAGAUGAUCCGGCUCAUCCAGCCAACCUCAUCUGUGAGCUGUGCCGACUGUUCUACGACCACGGUUGGGUCACUGGCACCGGUGGAGGGAUCUCCAUAAAGAAGGACAACCUCAUCUACAUCGCCCCUAGUGGAGUUCAGAAGGAGCGUAUGCUUCCGGAAAACAUGUUCGUGAUGGACCAUGAGACCAAGGAAUACGCCAGACGUCCUGAGGUGUACAAGCCCUCGGCUUGUACUCCGUUGUUUAUGAGUGCCUAUGAUCUGAGAGGUGCAGGGGCGUGUAUCCACACACACUCACAAGCUGCUGUGAUGUGCACGUUGUUGUACGAGAAGGAGUUCAGAAUUGCCAACAUUGAACAGAUCAAGGCGAUUCCAAAGGUUGUGGAGGCUGGCUAUUUGGGGUUCUUUGAUACGUUGGUGAUUCCUAUCAUUGAGAACACUGCACAUGAGGAGGACCUGACAGAUGCCCUUCAGCGUGCAAUCAAGGAGUAUCCUGGAACAACGGCAGUUCUCGUUAGAAGACAUGGUAUCUACGUCUGGGGUGAGACCGUGUGGAAGGCGAAGGUGUAUAACGAAGCCAUUGAUUAUCUCUUGGAGUUGGCUGUUAAGAUGAAAGGCUUUGGAAUUCCACCACACAUUGGAAUUGGUGAAGAGAAGCACUAUGUGGAUGCAAAGAUAUACAACUGAACAUUGCAGGGAACUACUAAUUGCGUUCACAGUCCAAUAUAAUAGUAAUUUAAGUCGUCGAUAUAGAAGUAGUAAAAGAUAAGAUCAAGAGUCACCCCGAGAGAAUAGGCCUGAUAUCUGCGU